AUGUUGCGUCCAUGUCGUUGUCACUACGUAGUGUUGGCUCUGCCCAUGAUGGUGAUGACUCCCCGCCGUGAACACUCACUUUUAAACGCUGCGUUUGCACAACUUUUCGAUGCAGAGAUCUUCCCAGUUGUGAUACGAUUUACUAGAGGACACAUUUUUGAGAUUAUCGACGAAAACACAAAGCACAGACCACAUAUCUCCGAAUCAGAGCCAGGAAGACGACCAGACUCAGCUUUUCCCGAUGAGGAAACUCUUUUUGCUGUAUGA